GCUCGAGUUGGAGCCUGCUCUUACUACAGAGCCACACUAAGGUCUCUGCCCGCAUCGCGCUGCCGGGAACAAGAAAUCACAGGCACAUAAGAGGGGAAUACGUAAGAUCUUGAUACGACGUCGACUGCAAAGACAGCACGGACUCCUGUUAAUUCCUUUAGGUGGCAUUAGACUCCUGCACAGCCUUUAUUAAAGGAGCUUGGAUCACGCUGUUGGGCACUGCUCUCCUCUCCUCCUCUCCCGCCUGUCAAAACCCAAAUCCUGAGUAGCCAAGGCGCUUACCCGCAGGAACAAGGGUUUAGUUUGUGUUUAUUGUUUUGUUUUGUUUUUUUUUUCAACUGGAUUACCACUUUCAACAAAUAUUCACCAGUGGCCAGCCGACGCUGAAGUCAAUAAGGGAUUACAAUUGUUUGUAAAGCUCUUGGUGGUGCUUGCGGUGCCUGUAUGCGCGUCCUCCUCUCUGUUUGAAAAGAGAGCAAAGUGCUGAUAAAUCUGCUCCACCUGGGUUUGGGACCUGAGUACCGGAGCUUCUCAGUGGACUGCACUUGUCAGGAGAAACCUGGGGGAGACCACAUCCAGCUGAAGGGGGAACUGAAAAUCCUGCGAAAAUGCCUCUCGCACAGAUCGCGGAGCCAUGGCCCACUAUGGAACUAGUGCAGCUGGAGACAGAGAAUGGGCAGAGCACAGCUGAAGAUGGAGUCACGCCUGCUGUCAAGGAAGAUGGAGACAUCAAAGAGAUCAAUAUCACCCAUGUGGUCAAAGAGGGCUCAGAGAAGGCUGACGCCUCUCAGUUUGAACUGCUCAAAGUCUUGGGACAGGGAUCAUUUGGCAAGGUGUUCCUGGUGCGAAAGGUAACCCCUCCUGAUGCCAACCAGCUCUAUGCCAUGAAGGUCCUCAAGAAGGCCACACUCAAAGUGAGAGACCGUGUGAGGACCAAGAUGGAGAGAAACAUCCUGGCUGAUGUCAACCACCCAUUUGUUGUCAAACUGCACUAUGCAUUCCAGACUGAAGGGAAAUUAUACUUGAUCCUGGACUUUCUCAGAGGAGGAGAUCUGUUCACCAGGCUUUCUAAAGAGGUGAUGUUCACAGAGGAGGAUGUGAAGUUUUAUCUCGCAGAGCUGGCAUUAGGACUGGACCACCUCCACAGCUUGGGUAUCAUUUACAGAGACCUCAAACCUGAAAACAUUCUCCUGGAUGAGGAGGGACACAUUAAACUCACAGAUUUUGGCUUGUGUAAAGAAGCCAUUGAUCAUGAGCAGAAAGCUUAUUCCUUCUGUGGUACUGUGGAGUACAUGGCCCCGGAGGUUGUGAACAGACAGGGACACACCCACAGUGCCGACUGGUGGUCAUUUGGAGUACUGAUGUUUGAGAUGUUGACAGGAGCGCUGCCAUUUCAAGGGAAGGACCGCAAAGAAACGAUGAACUUGAUUUUGAAGGCGCGUCUGGGAAUGCCUCAGUUCCUGAGUACGGAGGCCCAGUCUCUGCUCAGGGCUUUGUUCAAGAGGAACCCUUCUAACAGACUGGGAUCUGGUGCUGACGGUGCUGAAGAGAUCAAACGGCAUGGUUUCUUCUCCACCAUAGACUGGAAUAAACUCUUCCGGAGAGAAGUAAAGCCUCCGUUCAGACCGGCGGUGGCGCGUCCGGACGACACGUUUUAUUUUGACUCUGAGUUCACCUCCCGCACCCCUAAAGACUCCCCUGGUGUGCCCCCGAGUGCCGGAGCUCACCAGCUCUUCAGAGGCUUCAGCUUCAUUGCGUCAACUCUGUUGGAGGAAGAAGGCUCAGCAGAGCCAGUGCAGCCCCCACCACACCCAGUGGUCCAGCAAUUACACGGGAAGAACCUGCUGUUCAGUGAUGGCUACAUACUGAAAGAAGACAUUGGCAUGGGUUCCUUUUCUGUCUGUAAACGAUGUAUCCACAAAGCCACAAACACAGAAUACGCUGUUAAGAUGAUUGACAAGACCAGUACAGACCCCUCUGAGGAGAUUGAGAUUCUGCUUAGAUAUGGACAGCAUCCCAACAUUAUAACAUUGAAGGAUGUGUAUGACAUCGGUAAGCAGGUGUACAUGGUGACAGAGCUGAUGCGUGGAGGAGAGCUGCUGGAUCGGAUCCUCAAACAGAAGUUCUUCUCGGAGAGAGAGGCCAGCGCUGUGCUUCACACCAUCACCAAGACUGUAGAAUACCUGCACUCACAGGGGGUGGUGCACAGAGACCUGAAGCCCAGCAACAUUCUCUACGUGGACGAGUCAGGGAACCCAGAGUCAAUCAGGAUCUGUGACUUUGGCUUCGCUAAGCAGCUGCGCGCCAACAACGGUCUGCUGAUGACCCCUUGCUACACUGCUAACUUUGUAGCUCCUGAGGUGUUGAAGCGUCAGGGCUAUGAUGAAGGAUGUGACAUCUGGAGUCUGGGAGUCUUACUGUACACCAUGCUGGCUGGUUUUACUCCAUUCGCCAACGGACCCGAGGACACCCCAAAUGAGAUCCUGAACAGGAUAGGAAACGGUCACUUCAGCCUGACUGGAGGCAACUGGGACACUGUGUCUGAAUCUGCCAAGAAUCUUGUUUCCAAGAUGCUUCAUGUCGACCCCCAUCAGAGACUGACUGCUAAGCAGGUCCUCAAACACCCCUGGAUUGUCCAGAGAGACAAACUACCCAACAGUCAGCUCCCACACCAGGACCCCAAAUUGGUCAAGGGUGCAAUGGCAGCCACCUACUCCGCCCUGAAGAACUCCCAACCCACUCCAGAGCUCAAGCCCAUUGAGAGCUCCUUCUUAGCUCAGAGGCGUGUCAAGAAGCUUCCCUCCACCUCCCUGUAGAGACUCGAAACAACCAAUCAGCUCACUGGAGACUGACCAAAACUGCACCUUCUGGCUCCUACUACUCAGUCAGCUUGCUAGGGGAAACCCGCCACUACCAGCCAAGGAACACUGACUGUGGUCCUGCCCCCAUCUUGUGACAUCAAUUUGUCCCGCUCUUGCCAUCAUCCACCCCACCUUGUUUGGGCUUGUUAGUAGUCCAAUCUCCUAGGUCUAGAGAAAGAUCAUGAAGAUUGAUGGGGGCGAUGAAGGCCAAAAAAAAAAAAAAAAAAAAAGGGUGCAGGUUUUUGGCAGACAUGUUAGUGCUGUGUGAGUGUGUGAUUGUGUGUGUGUGUGUGUGUGUGUGUGUGUGUGUGUGUGUGUGUGUGUGUGUGUGUGUGUGUGUGUGUGUGAGGGCGUUGCAUGACCUGCCAUAGUGCGGGUGCAGCCAUGCUUUGGAUUGUGACAAUGAAAGUUUUCUCUCCUGAUCAUUGCCGUAAUUGGUUGUCAUUCAGCUUGCUGCACGCCUAUCUGUCUGCCUGUUUUUGUUGUCCGUCGUCUUGUUCUUUUUGUCGAGUUGAUGAGCUUUAUAUGACCAGUUGUGCUGCCAAAUCAACCUGUGCCGACAGCACAAAACCACAGUACUGUCCAACUGCUGUUCAGUGUUUUUGAAAGAGCAUUAUUAAUAUGAAUAUAAAACAUUUCCACCAAAAAUGCCUCUUUGGCUUUGGUACAGCCAGAAUAUGUGGAUUUUGGGAAAUGUAAAAAUGCUGAUGUUUUGGUUAAUGUCAAUCUAUGCUUGUAUUUUGUUUUACAGAGUGUGUGUGUGUGU